CAAGAAGAAUGUGACAGGUAUGGUUCUUACAAUUGCCAUACCUCUAGUGGCGUCAUCCUUGCUAAUCUGCAUCACCUGCAUUUCCUUCUGGAUGCGGAGGAAGCCGGCAAAAAAUUUACUCUCAGACAAGGACAUCCCGCUGGAGGAGAUCACACAUGCUGAGUCACUAUUAAUUGAUCUAUCUGUGCUAAGAUCUGCAACCGCCAACUUCUCUGAAGAAAACAAACUUGGAGCAGGUGGUUUUGGUGCAGUUUACAGGGGAACACUACCCAACGGGCAAGAAUUUGCAGCGAAGAGGUUAUCAACAACAUCAAGGCAAGGACUAGCAGAGCUAAAAAAUGAACUAGUUUUAGUUGCUAAGCUCCGGCACAAAAAUCUUGUAAGGCUUCUGGGUGUUUGCUUGGAAGAACAAGAGAAGUUGAUUGUCUAUGAAUAUGUGCCUAACAGAAGUCUGGAUACCAUUCUUUUUGAUCGUAUAAGACAUGAACAGCUACACUGGGAAAGAAGGCACAAGAUCAUCCAUGGAAUUGCCAGAGGCCUACUAUACCUACAUGAAGAUUCUCAGCUAAAAGUUAUACAUAGGGAUUUAAAAGCUGGCAACAUAUUAUUAGAUGCAGACAUGAACCCUAAGAUUUCUGAUUUUGGUUUGGCUAGGCUUUUCAGUGCAGACCGAAGUCACAGCAUCACAACCCGAGUUGUCGGAACAUUUGGGUAUAUGGCACCAGAGUAUGUUAUGCAUGGGCAGUUUUCAAUCAAGUCAGAUGUAUACAGCUUCGGUGUGCUUGUUUUAGAGAUCAUAACAGGCAGGAAGAAUGGUGGCUUCUCUAAUUCAGAAAGUGGAAAAUAUCUUCUGGCCUAUAUGUGGGAGCAGUGGAGCAAAGGAACAGUUUUGGAGACACUGGACCCAUGUUUAUGCAACAAUUGCCCAACAACCGAGGUGCUAAGAUGCAUACAUAUUGGACUAUUGUGCGUUCAGGAGAAUCCAUCUGAUAGACCUGACAUGUCAACAGUCGUUAUGAUGCUCAACAACGAUGCUGUUUCUCUCCUGGCUCCUUCCAGACCAGCAUUCUGCAUUGGACAUUGUGUCAUAUACUCAUAUGCUAAUUCAAAUGAAUUUGAUUUAUGUGGUGGUAUACGAAACCAAUAUUUGGAUAGGUUGAUACCGAUGUCACUAAAUGAGGUGUCAAUGACGGAACUUGCACCUAGAUAAACAUAGGAAAGUAAGAAGAAGGUUGUUGGCUAAUAUCUUUAAAGACUCUCAAGUCUUUCCAUCGAGCUUACAAACUUGUGCCAUGGAUGUAACUCCUGUAUUUUUCUCAGAUCCU